GUUGGUUCCAGUUUACUGACCAGUGAUCGUGGUCGUGACAAUGUAGCAGUUUUGGUUAAAUGUGAAAGGGUUUUUUUUGUUUGUAUUUUGGCUACAAUGUCUUCAGUUACGGCUGAUGAAUUGUCCGUGUUGUCAGCGAUAUAUUGCGGCAUGGACGAGUUCGAACUGCUGGAAGAAUCAGCUGAUAAAGGAUUUGUGUUUCGCAUAAAACUUUUGGUGGAGGCAGUUCCUUUCAGCAUUAUAUUCCAUCUGUCACCAGAAUAUCCGAAGUGUCCUCCAGCUAUCAGUGUUACCUCCGAAGGCUUGUCUCGACACCAGUGUCAGUCAAUAAAGGAAAGGUUGAAUGAGAAAGCGGUGGAAUUACAGCCGGAGCCAAUGAUUCACCAACUACUGUCCUGGUUUCAAGAGAACUCCUUAGGGCUUAUCAUGUCACCCAUUGCACCAACACAAAAGGACGAACAGGGCACAUGGGUUGCCCUGUUGCAUCUGGACCACAUGAGGGCAAAGACUAAUGUGAGAAUUAUUGAAAAAUUUACAUCAGAGUUGGACCUGACUGGAAGACUCUUCAUGGGUAGAGUGAUACUAAUAAUGUUGCAAGGGGCAAGAAAAAACAUUAAGGAGUAUCUACAUUUACAGAAAUCAGUAAGAGUGGACAUAGAUUCAUCUGGUAAAAAAUGCAAGGAGAAAAUGAUGAGAGUUCUUUGUUAUCUACGUUUGAUGUGAAAGAAUGUUCGACUCUUGAAGAUCUCAAAAUGGAAUUCCAGGCAAUCGGUUUCAGAGGGAUGUAUGACGAGUUUGUACCCUCAUUGCUAUAAUAAAGUUAUGACAUGGUAACAUUGAUGGAUCUGUGGGAGUUGCUGCUCCCUGUAGUACAUGUACUUGGUCUAUCCGGGUUUCAUCCAGUCCCUUGAAUACUCAGAAUACCAUGAAUAUUGAAUUUUAGAAACACUGGGUACAAAUAUUUGAUUAAGUACUACAGCAAGAACCUAUAAAUCAUAAAGACUAUAACGUGUUAUUCAUGUCUUAUUAUUUUCUAUUGGCCAGAGUUAGACCAGAGGGUCACUUGAAGGUGAAAUUAGUGGGUUAGCAGAGUGUUGUAAGUAGGUUUGCAAUGGCGUUAAGGCAGCCUGUCCCCAAAACACAAAAACCUGUGUGGAGUUUCUCUGGGAAUGCUGAACUUUUCUGGUGUGUUUCGUUUGGUCCUUGGUUAAACACAUAAUGUAUGUUGUUUUGGACGAAAGCGUCUGCUAAUGAUUUUGAAUAAAAUAGAAAUGCAGCUUCAGCACAAUUACUGCAUCUUUAAAAGAUGACUCUGGCGAUUUUCAAUAUAGGACAACAUGGUAUGGAGGAAGGUGGGACUCAAAGCAUGUUAAAUCACAUCUGUGUAUGCUUUUAGAAAGUGUAAAGAGUUGUGGCUGACUGCUACAAAACCUCUUACACCUAUCCCUACUUGUCUUGUAGUUGCUUCUGCUAAAAGAUCUGUAUUCUUUCAAAGCCUUCCUCCAUCUUAUCUUCAAAGGAAAUAGUUAGCUCAAUAAAGAUACACUCACAUUUCCAGGCACAACAUAUCUGGUCUCAUAGCAGUCACAACAAUACAAUGAGAAACUUGCUGUUGCCUUACGACAUCCAGUAGCAUUUUUCAACUAAAAGAAAAUGGGUUAUUGCAGCCCCGUUCAGAAUUCUUUGAAAUAUAACUAUUGUAGGCCUACCAGGCCACAUUUCCACCAGUUUUGAAUGGAACCAGGAUGCAUCAUUAACAAAGGGUGUUGCUGCAUGCAUAAAUAGACGGAAAUUAGAUGACAGUACCAUCAGAAAGGUAGAAACAAGCCGCUUAGCUGUAUGCCAGUUAACUAGUUUUGCUUACUCGAAAGGAGAGAAAACUCAUGCUUUCAGCUUAUAGUGCUAGUGUGUGACCCGUGGAGAGACAUACUCACUCGGGUUCAGUGAAAAAAAAAAAAAAACUAUUUUUUUUUAUUAUUAUUCCAGCUCCGAACCAACUUCUCAGGUCCAAAAACAUGGUGGAAUGUUGUUAUUUUGGUGGAAAUGCUUCAUGUUUUGUUCCUGUGUCGAUCCCCUUUAACCAAUGCUAAUGUAAAUGAAAUGAAUGGAUUUAAAUUAAAAACACUUU